UCAAUGCACUUUAACAAACUCACAACACACUUCCCCUCUCAGUUUUGUGCAACACAUGGAAAUGGAGGACCAAAUGGAAAGCCAAAAGAGAAGAGGAAUAAGCAAAGAUCAGUUAAUAUCUGAGAGGACAGGGUCUUUGGGAUGCAUCGGUUGGUUCAUCGUCAUCCUCUCCGGCAUCUUCACAAUUUGCCUCUUCCCCAUCACCAUCUGGUUUUGUCUGAAGAUUGUUCAGGAGUAUGAGCGUGCUGUCAUCUUCAGGCUUGGCCGCAUCACAGACAGGAAGGCAAAAGGACCAGGAAUUUUCUUUGUCCUGCCGUGCACUGAUUCCUUUGUGAAAGUGGAUCUGCGAACAGUUUCAUUUGACAUCCCACCACAAGAGAUCCUGACCAAGGACUCAGUUACAGUUUGCGUGGACGGAGUGGUGUACUUCCGGGUCAGUGACCCCAUCGCCUCUGUGGCCAACGUGUCUAAUGCUGACUUUUCCACCCGCCUGCUGGCACAAACCACCCUCAGAAAUGUUUUGGGCACUAAGAACCUGGCUGAGCUCUUGUCUGACCGUGAGGGCAUCGCUCACAGCAUGCAGUCUAGCCUGGAUGAGGCCACAGAUGACUGGGGCAUCAAGGUGGAACGUGUGGAGAUUAAAGAUGUGAAGCUGCCAGUCCAGCUGCAGAGAGCUAUGGCUGCUGAAGCAGAAGCUGCACGAGAGGCCAGAGCCAAGGUGAUUGCAGCAGAAGGUGAGAUGAACGCAUCUCGUGCCCUGAAGGAGGCGUCCCUCGUGAUCGCAGAGUCUCCGUCAGCCCUGCAGCUUCGCUACCUGCAAACUCUCAACACCAUCGCAGCAGAGAAGAACUCCACCAUCAUCUUCCCUCUGCCCAUGGAUGUCAUGUCUCACUUCAUGAAGAAGUGAUUCCUCAGUGACAUCUCAAUUUGCUGGUCCCCUGAAGUCACUGUUUGAUGUGAUUAGGGUACAUUUCUGCAGCUAUGUGUAAAAUAACUGUCAGGAUGAGAGAUAAUGCCGUUGUUGAAUGGAAGAUAUUUUUUCAGAUGUGUUUAUAUAGUCAAGCUGUGACCAGAACAGGCCUGCUAACCAAUGUGAUUUAGAUUAUUUACAGAAUAGUCAGCAUAGUUUACAUGUCUUUCACAAAUAAUGUUAUGAAACUGGUAUCAUAUUAAGAUUAUAUAAUAAAAAUUGUCUCAUGCAUCAUGAUAUUGUACUUUAUUAUGCAAUGUUGAUCAGCAUAUUUUAAUACAAUAAAAUGCAUAGUAUAUUAA